ACAGAGGGUCUAUUCUCUUCUCAUCCUCUCUAACUGGCUUUGGUAAGAUGAUGGGUUUUGGGUAUUGGGGUGGUGGAGGACCCUCUCCAUCAUCAUCAUCAGCAGCAGCAUCUUCAUCGGCCUCCUCCAAUUUAUCACCUUUAGCCCCACCUUUUAAUGUUGAGCGAUUUAGUUUAAGACCACCCACUUCGAACCCUUCUGUGCAAUUAUCUGAUUCGCAGCCUUAUGCUGCUGCUCAUGUAACCUGGCAAUAUUCAAACCCUUCAGCUCCUACUUGUAGGCCCCAUGUGUAUCAGAAAUGUGAUUUGAACCUUGACUCUACUAGGACCACUUCUGUACCUAUAGGAAAUGACUACCAUUUUGGGUAUUCAGUUCCCCAGUCUAAUAGUGAUCCUCAAACCACUCAUUGGUCCAGUGUGAAUCCUUGUGCUAAAUCUUCCUCCUCUGCUACUUUCUCUUACGAUGCUAAGGUGAAUUCGUAUUACUCCCCUUAUGUUUCCCCAGUGGUCGACCAUGAUUCUCCCCUGCUUGCCCUUACUGAACCCAGUUAUGACACUUUGCCCUCUUCUGGCUUGUUAUCUUCGCCAAAUGUGCCUUCUCAAGUUGAUUAUACUCAGAGCUUAUCUGGUUUGGAGUACCCGCCACACUGGCAUACUGGCUGGAGUGGAUUAAUUGAUUCAAAGCGGGGUAAACGAGCAGAACUUGAUAUGGGUUUCUCCUUGGAUAUCACAAAUGCUGGUGAUUCACGUGCUUAUGGCAACCAUAUGAAUCAAGGUUAUCAUACUGUUGAAUACGGGGACAUACUUGAAAAGGAUUCUAGCAUUUCUUUUGGGCAAUUUUCUGAUGCCAAUGGAAGAGAAUACGCUAAUGGUUUGAUAAGGAUGGAACCUGUGGAUAAUACAUCACUUUUGGCUCAAAAAAUUCUCUCCCCUCCUUUUGAUUACUCAAGGACAAAUAUUUCAAGUACCAGUUUUCAAAUUUCAGCAUCUGACUCUCCAUGUUCAUCUUUGGAGUUGCCUAAGAAUUUAUUUGACUUUCAGAAUUCUCAGAAUGCCUAUGAGAAAUGCAUCCUGCCACAUGAUUCUAGCGUUAAUGGUUCUUUAUCUGUAACAAAAUCUCCGGCUUUGGUGAUUAGACCACCAGUAACCCGAAAAGCAGGCAAAACUGUUGAUACUGGUAAUGGUUCUUCAGGCAAAACUGUUGAUACUAGUAAUGGUUCUUUAGGCAAGACUGUUGAUACUGGUAAUCUUGCAGCCAUUCAUCUGAAAGGAGGACUGGGUAGCAGUUGUCCUGCUAAAGGAAAAGAACAUCAGAUUUUGUUUGAUCAUGAAGUUGAAGAAGGUUCCUUAAUCUCAAGUCAGCUCAAGUAUCAGAAAGAAGGUAAUGGCCAGCUAUUUUUUGUACCAUCUGCUGUGACGGAGGAACUAUCAUGCAAUCCCCAGAUUUGGGAUGGCAUAAAUAGUAUUUCGAAAUCAAAAUCUGGAUCACAAGUCCCAAGUAUUAAUGUCUCAGAUGGCUCUUCACUGUCAGGAGACUGCUUUCAAGCUAUCAAGUCUUCUGACAAUGUACCAGAUUCUUUAGAUCAUCAUAAUUUUGCUGUGGAUUCUCCCUGCUGGAAAGGAGCCCCAGCUUCUCACUUCUCUCCAUUGGAUGUGGAAACCGAAAAAACACAUCCAUUUGAAAAGAAAGUGGAUAGAUAUUGUCAGUUGGAUCUUCAAGUUGAUGAGAGUUUUUCUCUGCCAAAUGAUUCUAUAAGAUGCUCCUCUGCAAAAGAAGGUGAAGACAAAGUGCACGAAUGUAACAGUGCAGGGAGAGGCAUAUCACAUAUUUCAGAGAAUAUUUCAGAAGCUGAUUGCACUGCCAGACAAGUAAAGUCAAUUGAUGCUGUAAAAGCCAGAUUUAAAGGCCCAAGUGAAGGAGUUCAACCUUGUGAGGCUUACAAUAAGCCUAGAGAAGAUUGCAACCUGCAGACACAAUCAAAGAAUGAUUCUGAUUUGAAAUCUUCAGGCAUCAAACAAGUUGGAGUCGAAGAUUUUAUCCCUUCAGUUCUGAAUUUUCACUCUUCAGUUAUGGACUCUGUGUUGAACACCAGUGUCACUGCAGAAGGUUCUGUUGCUGUUCGUGCAGCUGAAAAUGUUCUUCGUUCUCCUUCCUCUGAAGAAGGUGCUGCUGAGCAAGCAACACAGCAUGGAUGUGAAUCGGCUCCCAAAAUAGAUGUUCAAUCAUUAGUUAAAGCAUUGCAGAACCUUUCGGAGUUGCUUGUCUUCAACUGUAUAACUGAUUCAUCUGCACUAAAAGAUGAAGACUUAGAGGCCCUUAAGCAUGUAAUGAGCAAUCUGGAUGUGCUUGCUUCAAGGAAAAUGGAGUAUUUCAUUCAACCACAAGAGCGAAUAUUUCGGCAGCAAGUUACUUGUCAUAAAAUUCAAAACUCCGUUGAUCCUCAUGUGAGCAAUGCUGCAGGCAGACAUCAGUUUGAAAAUGAAGUGGGUACAAAUUCUCAUUGCCAUCUUGAUUUUCAAAAUACCGAUGAUGAGAUGGGGAAUCACAAUGUUACCCAGGAAAAAAAUGAGAAGCUUCAGCCCCUUUCUCCUGUAACAGAUGGUUUAGAAGUAUUGAAAGAUGAUAAUAUGGCCCAGGCAAUAAAGAAGGUCCUCGAGGAAAAUUUUCAUUCUGGGGAAGAAAUGGAUUCACAAGCUCUCCUUUUUAAGAACUCGUGGCUUGAGGCUGAAGCUAAAUUGUGUUCCAUUAGUUACAGAGCUCGCUUUGAUAGGAUGAAGAUUGAGAUAGAGAAAUUGAAAUCCAACCAGAAAAAAGAAAAUGCAGCUGCUUUGGAGAAUAUGUCAACUUCUAGUUCACAUGACUUGAGAAUAUCUGAUGUGCCACCACCUAAGGUUGAUGGCUCGCUGCAAAAGACUACAAUCUGCAGCUCAAGUUUGAGCUCAACCAGUAAUCCUAAUGAUGUUGAGGCCUCUGUUAUGACCAGAUUCCAUAUCUUAAAAUGCCAUGAUGACUCAAGAAGUCCGAAUGUGGUAAGAGAAGAUGCAGUUAUGGCUGAUGAUCUCUGUUCGGAUGAGAUGCCAUUUGUUAAAGACCAAUUCCUGGAUGGAAGACUCAAUGUAGCUGUGGCACCUAAUUCUCAAAAAAAAUAUGAUAUUAAUCAAGGGCAGGCUGACUUGAAUAUAGGUUGUUCCCAAAAUGAAGCAGUCAAAGAUGAUUUGAGCUCAAAUAGGAAUAUCGAUAAUGUUGAUGCAGCCAUUAUGACCAGAUUCAAUAUCUUAAAAUGCCGCGAUGACCUGAAAGGGACAAAUUUGGUAUGGGAACAUGCAGGUUUAGUUGAUGCUGUCUAUUCUGAUACCAUGCGGUUUAGUAAAGAUCAAUCGGAGGAUGGUGGAUUAAAUUUAGCUGUGGAACCUGAUUCUCUCAAAACAGGUGAUGUUAACCAAGGCCAUGUUAGCUUUCAUGUUGGUGGUUCUGGAUAUGAAUUGGUAAGAGACUUUUUCCCCUCUAUCCCAGAUGUUGCAGUAAACCAAUCUAGUGCAAUGCAUGGACGGGGAAACCAUUUUUCUCUGGGGUUUAAUGAUAAUUGCUCAUCAGAUUGGGAACAUGUGCUAAAGGACGACGUGUCAUGGCAUUAACAGAAGAAACAUCUAAAAGGGUUUGGAGGGCUUCAAGGUGCUUCCUGUAUUAGAUCAGCUAUUGAAACUCCUCCUCUCUCUUGGAUCGUAUGAUGUCAUUGGGAUCGAAUUAGGAACCUUUAGCUGUCUUGCCGUCUUUUGAGAUGGGGUGGUUGAAAUUAAUAGCAAAUGUAUUGUGAGAGUCCUAUGUGAUUUUGUGGUAUGCAAAUUGAAAAAGAAUUCUAAUGUCCGACAUGGACAGGAGUAGAAUGGCUGCUUUUUACGAUAGUAAGGUCACUGAUCCUACCUCUGUGGUUUUAAUCUUCAUUUUCUAUUUAUACAACUAGUUCAAACUA